AUGAUUGUUGUCAAAUGUACUCAAUGAUACAAAUCCUCACUUAGUCAUGUGCUUGCAGAGUUAAAAAGGAUAUUCCUAACCCGUUCGAAGUUUACAUCAGACUGUGAACCUGAAAAUGAUCCAACAUUUUUAACCAUCGCUGUACCCCAGAAAAAGACAAUUUGCUCCUCAAAGAAAAGAGAAAAAAACGUAAAAGAAAUAAAAACGAACAGCAAAUGGCCACUCCGCUGGAUGAGAAUCUGCUAAAGGAGCAAUCACAUGGCCCUCGCCGCCGGCCACCUCAUCAAUGGCUUCCACGGCUGCCGUCGCCUGUCCCGGUCUCCCACUCCGCCAGCACCGUGUGACUCAGACCUGUCUCCGGCGAGUGGGCUCCACCGGCAGAGAUCCAGCUCCCCGCCGCGCCCUUCUCCGCCAGCUCGUUCAACCUUCCCGCCAAAAUUUAGGAAAUCCCUCCCCCUCACACUAGAAUUUUUUUUAGAGAAAAACCAAACCAAACCCGCACACAGAUCUAUCACCCAUCCAAAGCCCCCUCUCCCCCCUCCGCCCCCGGCGACCAACCAUGACGGCAGCCGGCGCCGGCGAGCCCCGCCGCGUGGUCCUCCUCGUGGACCUCGACCCCCUCCUCCCCUCCCCAAAACCCAGUACCCCCACCACCCAGCCCGCCUCCGCCUACCUCUCCGCCGUCCUGCCCGCCGCCACCUCCCUCCUCGUCGGGUCCCCCUCUCCGGCCUCCCUCUCCGCAUCGCGCCUCUUCUUCUCCUCCCUCUCCCCCAUCCUCUCCUCCUCCCUCCUCCCCAGGCCCCUCCCCGUCGCGCCCACCCCGCUCUCAUUCGACCUCCACCCGGCCACACUCGCCACCCUAGCCCCGCUCCGCCGCCUCGCGCUCCGCGCCUCUCCGCACCCGCGCGUCCCCGCCUCCUCCUCCAUCGCCAAGUCGCUCCUCCAGCUCGAGCACGACUACCCCUGGGACCCCGAGUCCCAGCGCGGCCGUCUCCGCGCCUUCGAUCCGCCGCCCAAUCUGGUGGUCCUCUUCACGGCCGCCGCCGAAUUCGAGGAAUUCGGCGAGAAAGCGAAAUUCGUCGAGAAAUUUCGCGGGGUUUUCGGGCCGGUCAGGGACCGCCUUUCGUUGAGGGGCUUACAGGUGUGCUGGGUCUCUGUCGCUACCGCCAGCGAGGGGAUCCGUAGGGCGGUGACUGAGCUGGGUUGGCGGUUCACGACCACCCAUGCGGUCGUGUUGGGAUCGGCGGUUGCACCACCGGAACUCGUGUGGGGAAGUGUUAGGCUUGGGCGCGGGGAAGGUGGACGGCGAGGGGAGGUGGUAUUGGAGAUCGCCGAUGUGGAAGGAAAACCCCUUGUCUGCAAGGGCUGUGAGGUCGAGGUGGUUGGCUCCACACGAUGGCGCGUUAGCGGCAAUGAUGUGUCCAGGAUACAUGUGAAGGCAGUGUGUGAGGUUGGCAAUUGGGAGCAGUUCAUGGGCGGGGAUGGUGAUGUUGCCAUGGUGCGUGGGUGCGUGAGGGAGGGUUCCAAGGGUGACGGCGAAGAAGUUGUGGAGAAGGAGUUCUUCCCGCAUCAGGUUCUUGAAUUUGUUCUCAGAGAUGAGAAGGAUUGGCUAGGGAUUGCCAAGCCGAUUUGGCAGAUAAUUCUGGUGUUCCUUCGUAGAAGGAACUAUUGCGCAGUUGUCUCGGUUUCUGAUGGAGAUGGGAACUCUGUAGAUGGUGUUCUCGUGCCAUUCUCGAUGAACUGUGCAUUACUUCAUUUUGAGAAGAAUGGCCCUGGUUUAGGCCAGGUGGCUACUAAAUGCCCUGAAACACCAGAUAGUUGCACAUCUGAUGCGUCUAAGGCGCAUAGUGCAAGGAAGAAGAGAAGUAGGUUGGUCAGUAAGCUACUCGAGGCAACCACCUGGAGCACCUUCUGUGAUGUGCUCCUCAAACAUGCUGAUGGCAGCACGCUGGUGGUGGACUUGGAAGACCUGUAUUUCAGCAGGUAUGGUGCCACAUCGAAAAAGUUGCGGUUUUUGAAAUGUUGGAUGAAACAAGUGAAAAGGGAAUGUAUUAGUGCUUCAUCGGGCAUACAUACAGAAGGAGAGAAGUGUGCUCCCUCAAAAGAUGAAGCAGAAGCAAGUACUCAAGUUUCAGAAGAGGAUGAUUCAGCUGCUCAUGUCAAUUUUUCGGUGGAUGAAGCAGAUUGCCACAGAGUGGUCGAACCAAUGGAUGAAGCAGACUGCAACAAAAUGUAUAGACCAGUGGAUGAAUCAGAUUGCAACAAAGUGGACAGACCAGUGGAUGAAGGGAGUUUGAUGUUCUCUUCUAUGGAAAAUUUAGAAGCAUUUCUUGGUAGUGUCCCUCAUAAGAUUGAGCAAGGUCUUUGUUCCGAGGAUGCUGAUUUGGGGAAUUUAGCUGAACGCUUGGUUGGCUUGUCCGUCCAUGCCCAAUUGAUUAAGCAUGGAAAGAUUGCAGUGAGGUACUUUGAACAUAGGGAAGCAGAAGAUACGUCUGGUGCAAAAAUUACUUGCGAACUUUCCAAUAUUCUGUUGAGGAAACCCAAAGAACUGGUGUCUAAGUACAAAGAAAGCGAUUCGGCAUCUGCUGCAUCGGAGCAAACCGCAAAAUACAGUACACAUUAUAAAAUUCGAGAACAUGAGCUGCAGAUUUUGCUUAGAAUGGAAAUAAUCAAAUCUGAACUUGGACCUGCUAUAGUGGAAGGCUCAAAACAGAAAAUGAUAAAAGAGAUCUGCUCGCUUUUGCAGUUUAUUGAUAUCAACCUCCAGGGGGACUCAUUUCAGUCUGACAGUAUUCUCGAGUUUGCUGAAAAGACCAUAAAGUCCAGGUACAUCAACUCCAUGGAGGAUGUGAUCAAGAAGAUCUACACCCAAAUGGAGUUUGAUUUAUUCGACGACGACGAAGUGGACUGUUCGGAUUCUCUACCCAGCAGCAGCAACCAGGAAGACGCCAGGGUCGACAGGGGCCGUAGCCACCGGAACUGCGCCAGCACCAGCGCCUCCGCGCCCCACCUUCUGAGGAGCGGCCGCCACGAUGACGAGGACAGGCACGAGGAGCAGCAGCUGAUGCGAGCCCAGGAGCGGCGGAAUCGUGAGAGGCGGUUCUCCUCCUUCACCAGCUGGGUGCCCGACCUGCGCCGCGUCUGGGCGCUCAAGCACCCGGGGAAGGAGCCCGUCGUGCGCGUGCUGCCGUCCAGGUCGUCGUCAAAGCGGAGGAAGCGGCGGGCGGCGUGCACCGACGUGGUGUUGGAGACGCCGGUGACGGCCAAGAGGCAAGAGAGCGGUCCGGGGUUCGAAUGCGGCGACGGGGUGAGGGCGGUGCUCGGGACGGUGUCCAAGACCUUGUUUGACGAGGAGGAGAUUGAGACGGACGUGAGCUCGGGCAGCAUGUAACCAACUGAACAGCACAUUGAGAUUGGUUGACUGUAUCGUCCUGUAUUCGUUUCGUGGUUGCCGUGUUUACGAUUUUUAUCUCUCUGAAGCAUCGCAGUAGUUCUGGCAAUGUAAUGGCACCGAACUGAAUACAAUACACCAGGGGCACCUCGUUGAGGAGCUACAUA